AUGCUGAGCUUGAUUGGGAAGAUAGUCGGUGAAAAAAAAAAGAUCAAGCUUGUUGGGUUAAAAUCGACGAUUAAUGUCAUAUGGCGUACGGAAAAGCCUUUCUCUGUGAGACCGUUAAAGGACUAUCAUUUUCAACUCAUCUUUCAGCUAGAGGAGGACAAAUCCAGAAUUCUAAAUGGCAGGGUGUGGUCAUUUGAUGGGCAAUAUCUCCUGCUCAAAGAAUGGAAAAAGGGGGAAACAGAGUUCAAGAAAGAAGAAUUGCUAGUUGACCUGUGGGUUCAAAUCCACAAUCUUACACUUCAUUGGAUAUCAACUGAGACUGGAGUUAAGGCAGGGAAUGUCUUUGACUCUAUCAAGGAUGUUAUUAUCCCAAAUUCAGGAAACAACUUUCUCAAUGGUAAUGUGGUCAGGAUCCUAGCAUCUAUCAACCUGCUUGAGCCCAUCCCCAGAGGUACCAUUCUAAGACUAGGGCCUGAAGCGCAUUGGAUUGAUUUUAGGUAUGAGAAUCUUCUCACAUUUUGUUUCUACUGUGGGCGAAUAGGCCAUAAUGAAAGGACCUGUUCUUUCAAAAAAGAUGAUAUCUUGGGGAAAAAAUUUAGAACUGGUCAAUUUGGGGAAUGGCUGAGAUGCCCCUUCUUCUCCCAUAACAUUGCUAUAGAUAAAAAAUCUUCUAGUGGUGCUAAUAGAAACCCUAACUCUGAGUCUAGUAAAGAUAAAUUUUGUGGUACCACUGCAGAAGAACCCAAUGACCUUGAGAAUCAAGAGGGUACAGGCAGUGAACAGAACCUUCUAGACUUAGUGGAGGAUAAUCCUAGCCAGAGCAUUGUAGAGGUUAGUAACUUAGCAAUAAUUAAAAAUGCUGAUAACCCCCAGGUUUGUGCUGAAUCCCCAAAGGAAAAGGAAGCACAUAUUGAGUCUAUGGAUCUAGAUAUGGCAAAAAACCAAGACCUAGACCUGGGCAAUCUGGUUAAUGUUCCUAUAGCCCAAAGUUUUGUCACUUCUUCCAGUAAAAAGCCUAAACUCUCUUUUACCAGAAUCACCAGAAGCAAAGUGAUCACUCAACAUUCUCUUAAGAGUAUUCACCCUGGUGAUUAUCCUGGUGAUUCCUCUGUGAAUCACAGUCUGAAAAGAAAAUCAGGGGAGGACACUCUCUCUAUCCCUGUGUAUUCUGUCUCUGUUUUGAAAAAAACAAAAGAAAAAUUCAGAUCUCUUUGA